UUUUCGGUUCUCUUUGCAUCUGAAUUUGUACGAUGCCUGUUUCAAAAUGUGCCUGGGUACCUUUGAUUUCUUUGCUGGGACUUUUCACUCUCGGUGGUGCAGCUCAAGAACGAGUUCCUAGCCGACCGAACGGUGCCAACAUUCUCGUUCCUGUUGGACGCCAGUUAAAUCCGAUUUAUCAAUCAUCCAUUGAGAAAAAUGGAGUACCAUCGAAAUUCUAUGGCGUCCGAGACGAAAAUGAGAUUCCUAGCCCUUAUGAAUUUGGGUUCUCCAUGAACGAUGGAAAUGGAACCGCCCAACAUCGCCAAGAAAUUCGUUUAGAAAAUGGAGACAUCAAAGGCAGCUAUGGAUACGUUGAUCCAUUCGGAGUCUACAGGAAAGUGGAAUAUUAUACAGAUGCAUCCGGUUAUCAUGCUAAAGUCACAUCUAACGAACCAGGACUUGAUAACAAAAACAGUGCCAAUGCAAUCUUCGUUGUUGAAAAUCCACCUGCAGUUGCAGAAAAGCAAUAUCCGGUAGUUUUAAUUCCAGCAAAAACAGUUGCUUGAU